AUGGGAGAUGACGACUAUGAUCAUUUCUACAAGGUGGUUUUAGUUGGCGAUGCCACGGUCGGCAAGACGCACUUGCUCUCCAGGUAUGUCAAGAGCAAGCUUCCCAAGGCUCCCACUGCCACCGUCGGGGUGGAGUUUGCUACGAGGAUAGUGAAGCUCUCAAACGGAAGCAAAGUCAAAGCGCAGAUUUGGGAUACUGCUGGCCAGGAGAGGUACAGAGCUAUUACAAGUACCCACUACCGGCGGGCAGUCGGUGCCCUCCUGUGCUAUGACGUCACCAAAGAGACGACCUUCAAAAACUGCGCAAAGUGGAUGGAGGAACUUCGGCAAAGCGCAGAGCCUGACAUUGUGAUCAUGCUCGUCGGAAACAAGGUAGACCUGGCGGACAAAGAUCCCUCCUCUAGACAGGUCUACUAUGAUGCUGCGCAGGAAUUCGCAACUCAGAACGGGCUGCUCUUCUUUGAGACCAGCGCGGUCACAGACAUCAAUGUGAAAGAAGGAUUCGAAACCCUGCUGCAGGAGAUCUAUGAUCAGGGAACUCGCACGAGCCAGGCAGACAACGGACUUCAGGACGGCUUGCGUAUCGGCGGCUUACCCGAGGGCGAAAAGCCCGUCGCGGGAUGCUGCACGUGA